ACCAAUCACGGCUCACUUCAGUCGCGCUGCGAACGCCGCGCGAAGCGCACGUAUCGUUACCCUCACGCCGCUACGCGCAGCAAAUAAUGUUUACGCGAACGCUAAAGUUGGACAAGAAAAACUUUUGAAAAUUCCUGUAAAUAUUUUCUCGUGUUAUUAUCAUUAAAUAUUGAGCAUAGUGACUUUGUAUAUCUAAGAUGGACAAUAAAACACCCGCCAAUCCCACUUCUCCACCAAGGGCGCAAGUGAAAAAAGAAAAUGAAGAAGAAAUCAAGUUGCUGAACGAUAAUAAGGACUUCGCAGAAACAGCGAUGAAUGAGCUACUAGGCUGGUACGGGUAUGAAAGACUGGAGUUACGGAGAUGGGCAGCAUCGCGAGCUCGAGACGCCUCCAGUCCUGAACAGGCCAGCGAACAGAAAAAUAAAGCAGACGAGUGCUCGUGGUGCAACAAAAGUCUCCCGAGCGAGGGUUCGGCGUUGCAGCAUGCGGGUGCCACAUUUUGCUCGGAGCUGUGCUUCAGCCAAUCAAGGCGCGCCAACUUCAAGCGAGCGAAGACCUGUGAUUGGUGCAGGCAUGUCAGACACACUGUGGCGUACGUCGAUUUUCAGGACGGUGCCACACAGCUUCAAUUCUGCUCCGACAAAUGCCUAAACCAAUACAAGAUGCACAUCUUCUGCCGCGAGACGCAAGCUCACCUCGAUCUCAACCCGCAUUUAGUCAACGCGUCAUCAUCAUCCAACCUCAUCACCCCGGAGCUCUGGCUCAAGAACUGCAAGAGCCGGUCAGCAUCACCAACUUCAGAACGUUCAGGGUCGCCCAACCCAGAUAAUGUUCCCACCAAAACCACAAACAUAGAAAAGACAGAAGCACAAAAGACGCAAAACAGAUCUCCGCUUCCUCUGAUUACUAUUGCACCAACUGCAAAGCUGAUGAAGCAAAAACGGCCUUCCGAUGAGGCAUUAUCAGUACAGAAAUCACCAGAAGCGAAAAAAGACGUUAGAAACACUAAAAUGAAUUUGCGUAAACGGAGGACGUCGAAGUGUUCGGCCACGGUCACAUCGCAAACUGUGAGGCAACGGACUUCUACUCCGAAAGCGCAAGACUUGCGCAUGUGCAGCCCCUCCGACGGAUCUUCACCGGCAUCAACCGCAGGGAAUGUUAUUCACUCGCCUCCGCAUCCCAUCAACACACACCCACCUCCUCCGCCGUUUCCACCAAACCCGAUGUUUAGCAUGCCACCUCCAAUGUUCUUGGAUAAUCACGAUCCGAGGCACCCACAUGGUAUGUUCCCACCGCGAUUAAACUUUAUGCCUCGUCCAGGCUUUCCUCUAGAGCGGCCCCGACUCCCUGGCCUCCCACCGCCGUUGAACUUCCCCACGCCAAUCGGCCAGGCUCCACCGGUCACGAUAUUAGUCCCUUACCCGGUUAUCUUACCAAUACCGCUCCCCAUUCCGAUACCGAUACCGUUUUCGGCGUUCGUGCAGGCUCACUGCGCAACGAAAGUAAAAACCGAAAGCAAACCAGACACAGCAGAGGUAGAAGAACCCUUAGACUUCACAAUGAACAGUGAUAAAAACAAGAGAGAUGAGGAAGUGUCGGGAUGUGCGAGCGAAUCGCCCUCGGAGCCUGCAUUAGACAAGAGUCCGGUAGGCGAACAAAACAACGACCGACUCGAGGAAGACAAAAUGGAAACAGAAAUUAAUGAGACUGGAAAUCCGGAACAGACUUUGCCAAAAUUCAAAAUAACUAGACUCGGAAAUAAAAUGGCGAAAAUAGUUGCCAAGAGUAGAGAACCAUCAGAAUCCACAAGGCCACUGAGGAAACGGCGGAGACUGGUGGAAGUGUCCACUGACGACGAAGCGCUCAUUCCAAAGACGAGGAAAAUAGUAGAAGUUUAGAUAAUCCAAAUAAUCUCAUUAUUCUCUGAUACAUAUCACAAACGCAUGAUAAUCCGAACAGAGUUCAUUAUACUUUCAGGUUGCUAGUCUUUAGUUGUAAGAUGCUAUUAAAAUUUUGUCUUAGGUAUUAGGGCGCACUGUAAAUGUGAUAUUAGUAACUUAUUACUUCAAUGUAUGUAAAAUAAAAAUUAUUACUACUCUA